AAGCUCUGCUUGCUAUAGGGAGGAAAAUGUCGAUGUUGUACCAAGCGAGUUGAAUUGUCAGCCAUAGUCUAUUUCGUUCAAUUUUGUUGAAAUCACUUUAACGGGUCUUCUCUGAUAAUCGGCAAUCGUAUUGAUACAGUUGUUACGGAUUUUUGAUCAUCCCUUUAGUUUACAAAUAUGUAUGAUUCAAGGAAGUCUAUAAAUUUAAGUUCUUGUCGUGUAUGUUUAUCGAGUAAAAAACCCCUGUGCCCUUUAUUCAGAUAUAAAUUAUCUGGAAACUAUGCUGAAAUGUUGACGGCAAUUGCCGAUGUGAAGGUGCUAUCUAAUGAUGGUUUGCCAGAAAAGAUUUGUCACAAAUGCUGUACUUCAUUGGAGAAAGCAUACCUGUUAAAAUCAAUAGCAGAGAGAACUGAUAGAAAACUCCGAACCAUUUUAGCUAAAGCCAUUAAAAAGGUACCAACCAAAAAGAUUGCCUUUGAUUCUUUUAAGGAUAUUAAAAGUGAAAUCGGUCCUUUGUCAAUUAAAACGGAACCUGUAUGGGAAAUGGAAAUCAAUGUUGAACCAAAAAAAUCAGUGGAAACCAUUGAGGGUAAGGAUAUAGUUAUAGCGAAUACUGUGAUAAGAAAAGUUGACCCUGAAUUGGAAGAAACAAAAGGAGAAACAAAUGAUAAUGAAAAAGUUGAUAUCAGUUGGACUAAAACUACCAAUGACAAUUUUAAGGCUGAGGUUAAUACAGAUGAAGAUGAUGUUGAAUAUGUACCAGAUGAUAUAUAUAAUGAUGAUGAUGAUGAUGAUUAUGUUCCACCAACAAGUAAGAAAAAUAGAUUCAAAAAGCCUAAACUAUGUGAUAUUAAAGUUUUUAAAGGUAAGAAAGCUGUAGUAAGGAAAGUUAAAGUACUACAGACGCUAGAUGACAUGGAACAAAAUGGAGGUAAAAGUGAAGAUGGCAAGUCAAGAUCCACAACAAUUACAUGUUAUCCAAUAAUGAAGAAUGGCGCCAGAGGUCCACCAAUAUUACUAAAGCGGCCCAAAGAUGCAACAGUACUUAAAGUUCAUCCAGAUUAUAGAUCUAAAAAUUCAGGAAGUAGCGAUGGGAAUAGAAUAGUUCGUAGAGAAAAGACUGUAAGAGUGGUCAGAUCUCAGAGUACGGAAGCAAAGAAGAAAGAAAAACUUGUGUGCCCUGUUUGUGGUAUACUUACCUAUACACUGGGAAAUCAUUUAGCUACUCAUGAUGAAAAGAAGAAAUUUUCUUGCAAUCAAUGUACAAAAUCUUUUAUACAAAAGAGUAAUUUAGUGUUGCAUAUGAAACAACAUUCUGGAAUUAAAGAUCAUAUUUGUGAAAUUUGUGGUGCUGGAUUCUACACACAGAAAUCUUUAAUCAGGCAUAACCUCAUCCACAAAGGCGAAAGACCAUUCUCCUGUCAUUUAUGCACAAAGAAGUUUAUAGCGCGUUGUGAUUUGAACCGUCACUUGCGCAUCCACGCCGGUUACAAGCCGUAUAAGUGCAGUGAGUGUUCAAUGUCAUUCAAUGCUAAACACCAGCUGCAAAACCAUGAACGGAUGCACACAGGAGAGCGACCUUACACCUGUGAGGUGUGCAACGUUGCAUUUAGUUACAAAGUGAACUUGAACAAUCACGUGCAGAAAGCGCACGGUCUGAACUUCAAGUUCAAAUCGAUACACAGAGUUACGGAGGAGGUGCUGCGCCGAGAGAUGGGUAUGGCGAACGAGACGAGUGCCGCCAUCGCGCAUAUACUGCCACAUCUCACUGAUGUGCCGACACCCGCCGCACACGAGACUGUGCACCAUACCGCAGAGUAUUAACAAAUGUACCCCGCCAAUGUAUUAUAGUGAAAUUGUUAACUGACGAUUAGAUUUCAUUACAAUGAUCUCUAUAACCAUGAGUUUCUGAAACCAAAAUCCCGAUUUAAUAUAUGUUAUCUUUGUUUUUACAGAGAUUUUGUUCUCAGAAACCAACGGUAAAUGUAUUGACGAGUGCUGUAAAAUAAUAUCUUUUUCUUCUUUCCGAUUUAAACGCAUUUGUUAUUACGGAACAGUUCUAUUUAUAUUAUUAGUUCAAAUCUACACCACGCUAAAAACCCCUACUACCAGCGCGAAUAGCAAAUGAAAUAGGCACAAAAUAAUACGUCUUACAGCCAGUCCAUUUAUAGAGGUCAGUGUUAGAGUAUAAUUCUAUUUAUUUCCUCAUGCGGUAUCGUCGAUCUGUAUCAACUUUGACUUAGUUGAGGAAAUAAUUUUGUACAUAGAAAAAUUUAAAACCGUGUUACCUCUCAAAUGUGGUACUUAAACGAACUUAAGGUCUGAAAUCGUGUCGUGUAAAAAGGGACCGAUAAUUGUUGUAAUUAAAAUGAAUUAUUAAAAUUUAUAAUUAUAUAGAUUUAA